AUGACCGCUCAGCCCGAGGCUCAGCCCCAGGCCGGCAUGCUGCUGGAGAAGGCAGAUCCACCCGACUCUUCCUCCAACAAGGGUCCUCUCUCAGGGGACACCACCGACAACGAGCGGGCCAAAGAACCUGCCUCCUCAGGGCCCGUACGUACAGUAACCGGGCUCAAGUGGUACCUCAUCGUCUUCGCCAUUCUCUCGUCGACGUUCCUCUUCGCUCUCGACAACACCGUCGUCGCGGACGUGCAGCCGCAGAUUGUCCUGCAGUUCGACGCCAUCGAGGACAUUGCAUGGCUGGCCGUCGCUUUCAUCAUGGUCUCGACGGCCGUGAACCUCCUCUUCGGCCAGCUGUACUCGCACCUCAAGCCCAAGUGGUUGUACAUCGGGAGCGUCGUCGUCUUCGAGAUUGGCAGCGCGCUCUGCGGUGCGGCGCCGAACAUGGACAGCCUCAUCGUCGGGCGGGCGCUGUGUGGACUCGGCGGCGUCGGCAUGUACCUCGGCGUCAUGGUCCUCAUCGCCGCGACGACGACGAUCCAGGAGCGGCCGAUGUAUCUGGCAUCCAUCGGGCUGACCUGGGGCCUCGGCACGAUUCUUGGACCCUUGGUCGGGGGAGCGUUCGCCGACUCGGAUGCAACAUGGCGGUGGGCCUUUUACAUCAACCUCCCGAUCGGCGCUCUUGCGGCACCGGUUUAUAUCUUCAUGCUGCCGUCUCCGGAUCCGCAGCCCGGCGCAUCCAUCGUCAAACGGUUGGCCGAGGUCGACUGGGUCGGCGCCGUGCUCAUGCUCGGCGCUAUCGUCACCUUCACCAUGGCCAUCAGCUUCGGGGGCGUCAUGUAUGAGUGGGACUCCGGCUCGGAGAUCGCCCUCUUCGUCGUCGCCGGAGUCUUGUUCGUCGUCUUCGGCGUCCAGCAGGCGUAUUCCAUCGGCACGACCGUGGAGCGCCGCAUCUUCCCGGUCGAACUGAUCAGUUCCCGUAAGUACUACCGCACGAUGGUGCUGAUGUUCUGCGUGACCGCCUCGGGGGGUUGCGCAAUCUUUAUCCCGGUGUACUUCAUCCCGGUCUUCUUCCAGUUUUCGCGGGGCGACAGCGCCAUCGACGCCGCCGUGCGCCUGCUGCCGUUCAUCUUGGUCAUGGUUACAGUCACGCUCGCGCAGGGCGGCAUGCUGUCGCACCCGUCGGGCAGGUUCGGGCUGUACAUGCCGUGGUUCACCGUCGGCGGCAUCAUCACGGUGGUCGCCGCCAGCCUCAUGUACGUCGUUGAAACCGACACUAGCACGGCGUGGGUCUACGGGGCCUCGGCCAUGCUCGGCGCCGGGGUUGGCACGUACACGCAGGCGGGGUUCUCCAUCUCGCAGGCCAGCGUGCCGGAGCACAUGGCGGCCGUCGCGGCGUCGCUGAUGGCGCUGGCGCAGACGGGCGGGAUCAACAUCGCCCUGGCCGUCGGCAACGCCGUGUUCCUUAACAGGGCCGAGACCCGGCUUGCCGAGAUCCUCCCCGACACUGUCACGGAGGACCAGAUCCAUCUUGCGAUUGCGGGUGUCGGGGCGGAGUUCGUCACGACGCUGCCGCCGCAGAUGCAGCAGGAGAUUCUCGAAGCCAUUGUCGAGGCCCUAAACCUUCCUUACAUCUUGGUUAUCACUGCCGGAAGCCUUGUGCUGGUUUGCAGUGUGUUGAUGAAGAGGGAACGCUUGUUCAUGACGGCGGCUGCUGGGGGUGCUUGA